GCCCCUUUCUGGGCCGCAAGCCUCACCUCCUAUCCGCGUCGUGGGAUAUGUUGGCACAACUUUGCCCAAUUGAUGCCAAAAGCCUCGUUGCCUGCCGGAUAACCCAAGAUGGAGCCCCAUGUUAAAGCAGUAUCCCAACGCACUCAACCUGCGGGACAUCAUCGAACCACGGCCGGGCAGCCUCGCAUUGGUUCAGGUUUGGGAUGCGUCUAUUUACUCCCCCCAGUCCCCUUCCGUAGAUCGAAGUGAUCAACCACCGACACAUCGAACAAAGACAAAGAACCUACCUUCUGACGACAUUACCAUGUAUCACUCAUCAAUCGAAAUUGCCCAUGGACUGCCUACGGGCCAAUCCUUCAACCAAGGCCUUGAUUCUCGAUCCCAGCAAUGGGCAAACCAAGGUACACCUCGAGCCUACGAGCCGAUGCAACCCGAGCCUCGUUUCGACGAUGCUCGUAAUAAACCCUUUGACAACCGAUUCCACUCAAUCAACCGCUUUGAGUAUCGUCUCGGAGACAACAGGAAUUUAGACUCCACCGAUAACUGCCAACACUACUCUUGGCCGCCGCACAGGAAUGGCGAGAGCGUCCCAACCGACGGCAUCCAAAUGUCCCCAACCAGGACUUCCUCGAUCUCAUCAAGUCCCCGAGACGAAUCCUAUAGUUGGGCGGGUACCGCUGAGAGUACCGAACGGAAAGUCUGUCACUGCGGAAAGGAGUUCCGCCGUCCUUCAGACUUGGCGAAACACCAAAAGUACCACAUCAAAUACUUCUCCUGCCUCUUCUCGGGCUGCGAGAAGGCCUUUGCGACACAAAAGGACCUCUCGCGACAUGUCCGUACACACCGGAAGGGAGAGGGAUGGCGAUGCACUGUAGAUGGUUGCCGAAAGGCUGCCGCAGGGCAUGUCUACAGUAGAAAAGACAACUUCGAUCGACACAUGCGCACGGCGCAUACUAACUCAUAAACACCACAGAGUACUACGGAUGUGACUCUUCUUCCAGAUGCGAGGCUGACGGCACUCGAAUGUUGAUAUUAACUGUAAGGUUUGGAUUGUUAGAAGGACAUGGGAACGGUUCCAAAGUUGAUUGACAGGGGUUUCUUUCUGCACAUUAUCAAAGGGUUCAUGAUUUGGAAUCAUAUGAGAACUCCAUUCACAGUACUUAGCUACUUCAUGAUUAUGAUAUACAAGGGUAUGUAGGGCUGUCCAGUCGGCACUCCCAAGCAUAUGCUUGAGAACCCAUACCGACAAUCAAAAGAAAAAGAAUUGCAAAGUCUUUCGUGUGAAAGGGUAGAUGAAAUUUGAGGAGUGAU